UCACUAUGCACACGGUUAUAUAAAGUGCUCAGGACUUCACUGUCCACACGAACUUCUAACUACCUUGAAACAAGAGCUUCCUUUAAGCACAAAACAUGGUCAAAGAAGACAGCUCCAGAUCCACCGUGAUUAACAUCAGCAGCGACAAUGUCCCAAAGGAUUAUAUUACCUGGUCCACAUUUAACACAGUGUUCAUGAACAGCUGUUGUCUGGGUUUCAUUGCCUACGUCUUCUCUGUGAAGUCCAGGGACAGGAAGAUGGUGGGUGAUGUGCCUGGGGCCCAAGACUAUGCUACAACUGCCAAGCGACUGAACAUCGCUGCUGUGGUCUUCUCCAUCAUCUCGUUCAUUGUGCUUAUCAUUAUAGUCAGCCAACAAAGAGGAUAGGAUGGGCGCACUCCACGAAGUAUGUGCUCUUCGUAUACAGGGUCAAUGGAUUAAAUUCUCUCAUACACUGUUUUCUUGGGGAAAGUGUGCAAGUGCUCCACCCUUCCCAGCUGUCCCUUAUCCUGGCUAGAGGUCCUGACCUGUCACUGCCCCUCACGUGAUUGCUAUCCUCACACCUCUGUUCACACUGGGGUCAAUAAAACGCUUGUGGUAGCAA